AUGACAAUUCGGAAACCUAGCUAUCGCUCAGCGCCGGCUGUUCGGCCAUCGAUAUUGGUCCGCGGCGUUAAACGGGACCCUCGUGUGCGAAAGCCACAAAGGCCCGAGUCAAGGGAAAGAUGCAGCAAAUGGAAAUGCCUUGCUGGAGAUCUUGCUCCGAUAAACUGGUCCAAACGCCAUAAGAAGAACCCCAGAAGGGGCUGGCGAUUCCAGUUGCCGUCCUCGUUAGAAUUGGAAGAAAAAUGUCCAUCCAGUUCAAUUGCUCUGAAUCCUCGGGAGAGGCCUUGCUCUGAUUCUUUGGUGAACCCUGAAUACAAGGCCCAGGGAAAUCAGAGGCACAGCCCGGCUCCCAUCACUAAGCUCGACGCAUCGGCGUUGAAAAUGUGGCAAAAAGGCAUUGGGGGCCUUGGUCUCCGGCCGUCAAUCUGUGUGAUUAUUUCCGCCGGCAUCCCUCGGUUGCGGCGGCGAAGCGAAAUCCGGGAUAAAAACAUAAUUUUAUUCCCGGAUAAUCAUCCCUGGUUUUUAGGGAUUCAGGAGAUAUUCUCCAAGUUUACUCACGGUUACAGAUUAGAUUUGAAGCUCUCUAAUCCCACACGGACUCUGCCUCUGCAGUCUGUUCGGCUCCCGCCUUGUGAUGGCUCUAGGGGUCUCGACUCCUUAUUUAAAUCCACAUCCCCAGUUGCAAUCCACAUACAAAUAGCAACGGUUGUGGAUUGGGUGAGAGUUGCUUCCCAACGACGAGCAUCCGACGGUGGUCAACCAGGUAUAACCUCAUUGAGGCAUCCUCCUGCUCACUCUGCUUGUAAAGUCCUGCCUCGACAGGCGCCGUUCUCCGUCCCAAUUUCACCCACUGAUAUCUGCUUUCAUGAUAUCCCCGGCUUCGGGCCUUAUUAUCCCUAA